GGAACAUAAGGAGAAACAGCUGUUAGCCGUGGGAGACAAUUUGGUGUGUCCUACUUACUGAUACAAAGAGCCAUUAGGUUCAUCGGUGUCUUCCGAGAGUUCUUGUUGUCCAUAAAAACGAUACAGGAAUUCCACUACCGCUACCAUCAUAACGCGAAGUCGGCAAAUAGGAAAUAAUAGUGUGAGCCAAAGAAGGAAAUCAGAGAUGGUGUGAGAGAUGAGGCAGUGGUUGGCACAUGGCAUUGAUUUUUCUUGUUUCUAUCUCCAACCGAAAGUUUCAUUUUUUUCUUUUGAUUUGGCAUCAACUGCUUCGUUUUAUGUGGUAUGGAUGGAAGGAAGGAAUAGGGAUGUGAAAAUCUCGGCCGGAAAAAUGAAAUCAGUCGUCCGUUGUGUGUUCACUUUUUCGUCCACAAAAAUUUUAUCCGUUCUUAUGGAUUUUUUUAUUUUGUUGCUGCUGUUAAGAUAAAUGAAAUAUAUUUAGGAGUAUGGCGCCCAGAAAACGUUCUACAUCAAAAACCAGUUCAAGUUCUUCAUCAACGGAACGAUCACGUUCACGAAGUCGUACUCGUUCAAAAACCCGAAGUCGCAGUAAAACUUAUUCACCUGAACGUGGCGAAGAGGGACGUCUUCAUGUAGCGAAUAUUGAUGAGUCAGUACGCGCACGAGAUUUAGAAGAAGCAUUUUCACGUUUCGGAAAACUCUCCGAGGUUUGGGUAGCGAGUUAUCCACCACUUUUUGCAUUUGUGGUGUUCAAGAAUAAGUCGGAUGCAAAUGAAGCUUUGGCAGCAUUGAAUAACACAUACAUCCGUAACUGUCGAGUGCGCGUUUCGGUGGCUUUACCUCGAGUUCGUGCUCAUGAUCGCUAUCGCUUUGGUGGUGGUUAUGGAGGUGGUUACUAUGGUGGUGGUGGUGGUUAUGGCAGAUAUGGGGGUUACGGCGGCAGUCGGUAUGGAGAUUAUGGGCGUUACGGCGGAUAUGGUCGUGAUCGAGAUAGACGGCCUGGAUGAUGGUAAACUUUGGUUGCUUUGUGUGUGAUGGAAUCAUUAUGGACAGUGUUGAAACUUUGGUGGUAAUUGGUUUGUUGGCUCGGCUCCCUCCGUCGUCCAUAUUGUUUGGAAUGGAUGAGCCGAGCUGUGCAUUGGUUUUGAUGUUAAUGGUCCAUCAUUUUGUGUUUUUGGCAUCCUCUGGAAUAUUGUUGUUGGAAAAUGGAGGAAGUGUAUGGUGAUGGGAAUUCUGUAGUGCACGAUUCGCAAUUCUUUUGAAAAUGACGAUCACCGCCACGCCGAGAACGCGAACGUCGCAGAAGAUCUCGUACUCGCUCACGAUCACGUUCACGUUCUUCUUCAUCUCACAGUCGUUAGAACAUCAGUUCCACAAGAAACAUUCUAAAGUUUUCGAAAUGAUCGAAUUGCUGCAGACGCACAUAUUUUAAUAUGUUUCUAUGUUUGAUUUUUAACCUCAUGUGUCGUUUUUAAUUUUUAUUCAAAUUCCACAUUAAAUUGCAUAAAUUUAAACUUUUUAACCCCAAUCAACUGUGCAGC